CAAACAGGGGAGCGCAGGAAGCCGGGCAGCAGUCGCGAAGAGAGGGCAGCCGCGAGAACAGGCGUCUGCGGAAAAAGCGAAUGAUAAACGCGCCGAGUGCAGCAUCUUGAAAACGAGAAAUAUUGUCUUUGCCUUCGCGCCGUGACAAGAACACGCAGAUGGACAACAAAACAGGCUCUGAAGACAAACCUGUUCAGCGCUCUAAGUCUUUCAGCCUGAAGACCCAGAAGGAGGUUUGUGCGUCCUGUGAGAAGACUGUCUACCCCAUGGAGCGGCUGGUGGCAGACAAGUUCAUCUUCCACACGUCCUGCUUCUGCUGUAAGCACUGCAACACUAAGCUGAGCCUGGGCUCCUACGCAGCCCUCGAAGGCGAAUUCUACUGCAAGCCACACUUCCAGCAGCUCUUCAAGAGCAAAGGAAACUACGACGAGGGCUUCGGACGACGGCAGCACAAGGAGUUGUGGGCUUCCAAAGAACCGGAGAAGCUCACCAAGACCGCGUAACCUCCGCCUCGGCCCCACAGCGCCCCCUACCCUGCCCCCCUGCUGUGCACCACAGAGACUCAGCCCUUAAACUGCCAUCUUCUCCCACUGCUCCCCUUUCAAAUUGUAUCUCUUUUUUAAAAGAAAAAGCUUUUUAGAAAUGGCAUAUCUUUAUUUUAAAUUUGUAUAUCCAGCCCAGGUAUCCCACAACCAGCAUUCCACAGAGUCACAGAGUGAAUGUGAGAUCAGCUAGCCCUAGAAACAGGAAGUGACCUUUCACCUUCUGUUUACUGACAGGAAGUGCUGCAAUUCUUGCAUCCUCAAAAGCACACAGGGUAAAGCUUGAGCAACCUGGCUUCUUUAUUUUGCUGUAAAUGUAGUAUUUUAGAUUUUCAGGAUCAUAAGGCUUUCCCAUUACAGUUUUAGUUUUUAGAAUUCUCUCUCAACACAAUGUACUGUAUUCCACUUUAGUGAUUGCACUGAGUUUAAACUUUUGUCUUCUGAGGUACUGUCCAGGCCCUAAUAACAAACCUUAAAAGUUGUUUAAAGUUAUUUUACAUGCUUGAUUUUAUGCUUCAUAAAAAAAUCUUCUAAAUACAUCAUGCAGUGAUGAACCCUUUUUAAUGUUUUCAAAACCAAAACAAAACAUUGUUUUACCAAAUAACUUCUCCAUUAAGGCAAAAGUAUCAUAUGCAUAAAUAUUGAUCCCUGUGGACCUUGACUAAGAAAAGUACAGUUUGGAUAAAGUCCUCAGACAUUUUGUAUUUAACAUAGAAAAACCCACAGGUUUAGGUGUAGUCGAAGAUAGUGGCUGUAACCCUGGCUCUCAGGAAGAGCAGCCGUGACUGAUAUUCACUUAGUAUUUGUUUAACUUGUAGAUUCCAAUGUAUUACAAGUAGCUAGGCCUUUACUCAUAUGCCUUUAAUGAUUCCACAUAGAACUGAAUUUCUGGAAUGAGAGUGACCACCCCUCUUAAGGAUACACGGUGUGUACUAAAUGCUUUUUAGUGCACUGUAAAAUCACAGGGUAUUCUAUGUAUGUCAUCUGUGGAAAACUGACAUUUUUGUUUGUGUUCCGCAAAUGAGUGGUUCUAUUUGCUGCGAUCAGUAAGGACAGCACACAACUCCGUACCUUUUAAUACAGGAUUGUUUUCUCAUGUUCUGUCAGGAAUUUAGUGAACCUGAGCUAUGUACUGAAUGUACUUUGGGACUUGAGCAAAUUACUACAUUUUUGAUUCAGGAAAACAGGAUGGCAUGCAAGAAUGCAGAAGGGUUUGUGUGAAAUUAUCUGUAUGGACUGUUAAAACCUGUGAAUUGCAAAUUAUGUCAUGUUAUUUACUAAACCAUUCUGUGCAAUAGACUACCAGUAACGUGCUGGGUUUCCCACGUUGGUGAAUGAGCACAUUGAAAUAGGUAUUACAAAGCCAGGACGAAUGAAGUUCAUAUCAUCUGUGAUCCUCUGUGCAAGCUCUUGCGCUUUCUUCAUUAUUCUUGCUGUGCAGGGCAUUCCCUCCUGCUCGUGACUUGAGGCCUCAUUUCCCCACAACAGAUUCUUCACAGUUAAUAUACACUCUUAACUUGGUGAAAGAAAAAAGAGCUUUAAAUGAGCUUCAGGCAAGAUGCGUAUCUUUUUAUCUUCGGUUGAUGUGCACCUUUAAAAUCAGGAUAUUAGUGAGAAUAAUUGUGCCAGGAACAACAAUGUAUUGCGGAUAAGCUUCAAAACAGUGGGAUUUUGAGGUCAAAUUAUUCCAUAUAAAUACAGCUCCCAAAAUAGUUUUUUUCAACUUUCUGUUGAAGAGAAGAAACCAUUUUUGUAUGAGAUGUGCCAUUUCCUUCUUUUUUACAUUAAUGCAGUAUUUUCAGGAGCAUUUGUUUUGUUUGUUUGUUUGUUUCUGGUGGAUUUUUUAAAAUUAAUGUUAAUCCAGAGGUAAAGAACAACCCACAAUUGCAUGAAAAUGCCAAGACAUAAAAUACAAUAAGAGACAAGCCAUGCACUUAAAAACACUCCUUUAAAUGACGUUAUGUGUCGGUGUUAACCAAAACGACAUGCAAGGCAUACUCUGGAAUAAAUUAGCACCCAUACCUGAUCUCUUAAUGGCUUCCCUGCAAGAGAAUUCUGUUCCAUCUAAAAAGAGCAGAUAUCGUGCUUCAGUUUUUCAUGAAAAAUCGCUUUCAUUCAUUGAUCCUGAUGAAUUUAUGCAUCAUGAGUGAUAUUAUGAUAAAUAUUGUGAUCAGUUCUAUGACCUAUUUGUUGGAUUUGUGUACCGGUGUCUUGUUGUUGGGUCACUAGUCUUUUUGUUCUGCACAGAUACAGUACCUGUACAUAAUUGGUAGCUAAUGCUCAGUGAAGGUACCUAGUGAUAUCAUAGGUAACAGGAUCACUGGCUACGUCAACCAAGAAGGCUUCAGACACUGUUUCUGAUAGCUGAAGUGAAGAGAGUGGAGCAAGUGAUAGCUAAUUCCUGUCCUUUUUUGUCAUCCUUUGAAUUCCUGUCCAGUGAAUGUGAAUGGUUCUGUAAGCUCAGAUAAGGGUGUGUCUUCUUGUUCAUUCUGCUUGGAAUGCCACGUUAAAUAUUCUGAAAUAAGAACAGGCUCUGUAGCCAUUUCAGCUGGGAGGAAGAGAACUAAUUGGGACGUCGGCAGUGUUGCCCAGAGUUCGGUGCCCCAGCCUACACUGUAUGUACUAGAGCCCUGUCCAGCUCAUUUUCCCUCCAGCUGGCUUUGAGUCCUCGUUUUAGACUGAAAUAGUUACUACGGGAGGCAUUUCUGAACAUGCCCAAGGAGACCCUUAACUUCGGUCCCCUAGGGCCAAAGUCUAGCAAUAAGGCAAGGUUUUGCAGUUCUCUUUAAAUGAUCAAAUGCAUUAAACCCGGAAGAGGUUUCAGUUUUUGAAAGUUAAGGAUGUCCUAUUGCAAAUGGGGAACUUAAGUACAAGGAACCCAGAAGAGACUGUAAUCCCCUGAAGACUGGGGCUCCAGCCCCUGGUCUCAACUGUAAGAAUCACGUGUGAGAAGAGGUAAAACAUAUGAAGUUUGAUGAUCUGAAACCCUGGAGUUUUUUAAUGGAGGAGCGGUUCAUAUCAUCUCUUGGUUGACAGUACCCUUUCCUUGCAGAAUAUAAACUACUCCUGUUCUGAUAUCACAGUUUCUGCAUUUGGUCCACCAUACUGGGUUACUCAGUUUUGUGAAUGGUUGUGAAUUGUGAGUGCAAACUUCUGAAAAGGGUUGGUUGUUGAUGAUUCUCUCAGACAUGAAAUAUUGAGUGUUUUGAUGACCUUUAGUGUCUGUUCCCACGUCCUUCCCAGCAGUAGGGGGUGUCUGCAGUGCAGUCUGUGACUCUGCCAGGCUCGGUCAGUUUUAUAGAGGCUCUACUGGGGAGCUGCAUCAGUAUGUGUUCGCUGCAAAGGAACAAUUAAGUUUAAUUCCUCACUGAAGAAACAAUGUUUUGACAUUUGAACCUUCUUCCGAACACGCUUGAAGCAGGAUCAACAGCCAAAACUCUGUAUUUCUUCAAUGUGGAAUUAAUCUGUACUUUUUCCUUGCUCUUGUAGAGAGCUGUGUAAAAACCAGUGCCAGGUUAGAAACCAGCCUUAUUUUGAGCCCUAGCUUUGCUGUUGCAGGCACUGAAAAUUACAUAUCUAAUACAUGGAUGGAGAGAGCACUCAGACAUGCUCGACUGAGGGGAGACAGUGUGCAGAUCCUCUGCCAGGCUGUGUUGUCAACUUCAUCUCUCCUGUGGAGCUUCAGGGGUUGCAGCUGCGAGAUGAGGGGAUGACUAAUUGGAGGACAUGAAAGGAAAGCCAUCAGAUGCUGUUGGGUAAAUUCGGCUUGUUUUCGUUGUGCCCUGUAUGAACAGGCCUUGCGUUAUCUUGGGAGGAAGUGUGUGUGAAAGAGAGGUGUGGGUCUGGGACAGCAGGCUGUGUGCUUCCACAUGACCCAGAUUGCGUGUUUGGAGUCUGUUCGUGUGGCGAGGGAUGAAGGAACAAGUGCAAGACCAGAAUCGCACAGAAUCUCAGGACAUGCAGCAGGCAGGGAACUACAUAAACACAAACCACAAACCAGUGUUUGACAUUUAGGUGAUGGAAAAGAUGAUUUCUACCUCACAUUUCCAGACUGUGCUCAGGAACACAAUCUGCCCCCUCUGUGGGUGGCAUUGGACCUCCAGUUUAGCGGUAUUUUAGUUUUGUUAUCAGUGCCCAUAAUCCAAGAGCAAAGUGGACUGUUGGCCAGUGGGCAUCCUCAGUUUUUCUGUUUCAGGUUUCCUGCUUAAGCUGCUUAACUUUAAGGUUGAAUUUGCCUAGACAGGUACUAGACCGUUCUCCAACCCUGGUCCUAGAGCCCGCCAACCAAGUGGGCUUUAGAGGUCUCCUUAAAAUCACCAGUUUGUAAAGACUAUUUACAAUUUCAUUGUAACUACUUAAUUUAACAAAUGUCUGGCUUAAUUAAUUAAGAAAUUGUCUGGUACCCAAAUAUCAAUACCCUUUAGCCCUCAAGCAUCAGUGUUCUCUUAAAUUAGAGAGCUUACUUGCUUAAAUCUUCUAGGCGCCCUUUAAGACUAACUCGACUUGGGGUCUCCAGAAACAGGGUUGGAGAUGAGAUGAGUCUGCCUUGAUGAUGGCAGAACAGUGUUCCUGUGUCUAGAUACAGAAGGUGCUAACCUGAUUGUCAUUGGUUGACGACCGCGAAGACCGCUGAAAAAGGCUGUACUAUUUAGAAUUUGAAAUAGUACCAUUUAGCUUUGAUGUGUGUGUCCAUGUUGGAAAGUUAUCAGGGCCCUGCAUUGAUAAAGUAAUUGCUAAUAAAUUGUAUGAUUAGUUCUGCUGAGAAGAGAUUGUCACACAGCCUCACUAAUGUAUGGUGCAAUCUACUGAGCCGUUCAAGUUGCUCCAUGUGGUAACCUCUCUAGCUGGGGCACUGUGUAAAGCCAUUAGAAGGAGCUGUUUGGGAAUUGAAGGAAAGAAGUGUUUUUCAUGAUAUUAAGAAUGUGAAAUCUUCCACCAGCGUUAUUCAUAAGGUCAAAGCGCUGAGAGGAGUUUCAUUUUGGAUCUAGCCAUUCAACAUGGUACAGUAUCCCUAUACAACAGACACACAGGCCCAUAUUUUAUAACUUGUUGUCUGCCAUAUUAAGCAGAGAGCUGCAGGAAGUGAUUAUUUGAUUAUUUAGCUAAGUGUUUGCUGGGAGGUGAUCAAUGGGAGAUUUACUCGUGUGAACCAGAACAUUUUAAAAACAUUGUGGGGCAUUCUGAUGUAAUUUACGAUAUUGUGUACAGUUGUGGUCGAAGGGUUACAGAAAAGAUAUCAUUGCUCUGUAAUCAGCUCAUAGAAAACCAACCAGUUACAUUGAGGGUAUAAGGUCCUUCUCUGACAGAUUGGACAGAGAAGAUUACGAGGUGACCUGAUCAAAAUAUUCAAAUUCCUCAAGACCAUUGACAAACAAUAUGGAAGUGCUAAAAUAACUCAAGGCUCUUCUAUACCCAAAGAGUUGUGGGAGUAUGGAACAAGGUACCCAUGUUGUUGAAGCCAUCGGGAAACCGCUGGUUGAGAUCUUUGAAUAUACAGUGUUUUAUACUACCUACCAAAUGAGCUGGAUGGGCCAAAUGACCCCUUUCAUUUGUAACCUUUCUUAUGUUCUAAGUUCUGCAUAAAUAAGAUGAUUCAUCACCACCUUGUGAAAAAAGGAAAUAAUCCAAUUCACCUGCUAAGAGAAGAAAGGGGUUGUUCACAUGAACAUACCUUCAGAUAUUUUGUAGUGGUUGAACAUGUACCGUAUAUCACAGCCAGUCAGGAUUUAAAUAAUGAUUUUUAAUUAACUGUUAUUGGAAUUAUGUAACAUCUACUGUAGCACACAAGAAACUCUCCGUGUCGGUGCUCUCCAGAAUCAUUCCUUGUUGGCUACUAGCAAACAGAAUUAAGAUAUCAUAUUAUCAUAUAUCAUAUUGAAUGAAGGGCGACUUAAACCGUUUCUUUAAUCUUUAAAAGGUUUUUUGUUCUCUUAUCAAAAAAACAGGGGUGAAUUUAUUGUGGUAAAUGUUAAAAUUGGUGUCUAGUGUAGAGUGUGAGAGAGAGCUCAUUUUGGAAAGUUGCAUAAUCUGGACCUUAUUGAACACAGUAGAAGACUUGCUCAUCUUAAAAUACUGAGGAUAGAACUUUGCCACCUUUUGGAAGAACAGUGUAUUGCAACCACGACAUAAAAUCAACUGGCUGUACUAGCAGUUCAGACGAGCUUUCAGGUGAUUUAAUUUUAUGUAUAGAACACAUAUGAUUGAUCAUUUUAAAAGAAAAACAGCAGGUAUUGAUUACGUUUAAGAGUCUAGCCCACUCUGAAACUCCCACAGUUAUGACAAACCUGGGAAUCGUUCCUCACAAAUGCUGUUCUUUUGUUACUUUUCGUCCACAAAAGGCCUCUCGGAGAGGAUGGAGAAGACAUGCAGGGAUGUUUAUUCUUGCCACACGAUCCAACAGAGCCACAUGAUGCUCAAGCACCUGGCUCCGAAUUCUCUUCACCCCUGCCUCCUGUGAGGCAUGGAGAAUUCUGUCCUUUUUUGGGCCAGUCUCUCCUUGAAUUAUCAUUUGGAAGCAUACAUAAGAGCAGAAAGGUUCCAAAUAACAGGAGGUCAUACAGCCCAGCCCAGCUCAUUGUAAUUGCUAGUUUGUAAUUGGGUUUUAGUGAAGAAAUCUGGGUGACGUACUGUUCUCAAGGCUACAGCAGCUGUGCCACCACUCAGGAUUUGAACCCACAACCACCCAGACAGUCUAUAGACCUGAACUUUUACCCACGCUGCCGUCCUGAAAUGAGGAGCUGAAUUGACAAUACUGUGCACAUUUGGAUUGAUAACUAAAAUGUACAUUAUAUAAAGGAGGAUACUUUUAUUUACUUUAUACAAAUAAAGUAAAAGACACCUGUAAAGAUGUUUAAGAACAACUUUUUGAGAUGUGAAUCAAAUGCUAUAUGUAUACAUAUUUUACAGAUUUUAACAAGGGUAUAACACAAGCCUUUUCCAUUCUAAUAUGCAAAACAAUUUAGGAAUACAACUUGAAUAGGACUAGGAAAAUAGAAAUUAUACCACUUCUUAUAUACUGAAUAUACUACCAGCCCUCUGCCACUCACAGUGAAUUUUUACUUGAUCGUUUCUGUGCAGUCUGCUAUUUUAAGAUGAUGAUGUUUUACAUGGACAAGGCCAAGAGAAGAAUUGUCUGUUUUUUUUCAUUCUGCAUGAAGCAAUUUUUAAAGUUCCUGUAAUUCCGUACAUGUUGUUACCUGUGUUAGAGAACUUGAUCCUUGAACUGUAAAUAUUUGAGGCGUGAACUGUGUUUUUUUUGCAAAUGCCUGAACCCUUUAGUGAAUUAAAAAAGAAGGACUGUGAACAUUGUUAGUUUUGUGUGCCAUACCCCUGGGGUAUUGCAUGUCUCUUUUAAAUGCUCACUUUUCUAAGGUAUGCAUGUUUUUGCACUGGUGCCAGGAAAUGGAAGAAAAACACAAAUAAAUUGCUUUAUCUGGUCUAUUUAGAAUGGAGGUUUACCAAUGCUGGGGAUUCAGUAAUGUUUUGGCCGCAGUUCUCAAGCCCGGGGCUGGUGUGAUCAAUUUUCUUUAGAAAACAGAUCUUACUUGCCUGCAGUAAUUGGACUGGAUGUUUUAUUCGGCCUUUUAAGGAGUUUCCCAUUCUUAAAUGUCGUGGCUUGGGGUUAGAAGUUUAGGAUUACUUCUGUACCAAGUGCUGGGUUUCUGAGGUCCCCUUUUUUAGCCAUACUGUUUCAGUGAGUCUCAUCUCAGUUGUGUCUAUUGUAAAUGCUUGACACAGCAGGAUUCUUACGUGUGACUGUACGUCUUUAACUGGCAAUUUCUUAAUUUUUCUCUGAGCUACUGAGGAGAACCGAGUCUUUCCAGGUUGAUGAAAGUUGAAAAGUUCUGAUUUCCAGACAUCUUUGCAUAUAUACUGUAUAUACCUGGAAUAGGUUACCUAUCCUGUCCAUAGCUGUACUGUAGGGUAUCCAGCUCUUUUCACUGCACUCAUUUAUCAGUAAUGGGAUCAAAUGGGAGAUCUAAUAUCCUGGAAUACUGCUAAGGAGCGGAUAAGGAAGAGCUGCUCUUUAGCAAACCCACCGUUAAAAGCAUGAGAUGUUUUUAAAAACUAAGAAGUGCGAACUCUGCAGUCAUUUGGCAGAAUAAAGUGCAAGUAAGGGCUAGGCCAAUUAAUCAAGAGCUAAACUGCAUGAAAUUGAAGACACGGUGAGCCCCAGGGCUUGGGAAUGGGAUACUGUGAAUCAGGAGCUGAGAGAUUAGGAUCCAGGCCUGUUCAGCCCUUAGCCUAGAGAGCUGUAGUGCCCUGUAUUCUGACUGAGCGCCGAGUGGCUUAUUUGAAUCAACUGGGUUGAUAAUUCCGAGAAAUGAACAUGCCUUCCAGAUCUGUAGGUUACUAGCAGAACUUCUGUACAGUACCAGGUUUGGACUUCUGUAUUUUAAGCUUUUCAUGGCGACAAUUCUAUUCUAUAAACUUGAUCUGUGGACUAAAGAUGUGGCCUUAUAGCACAAGGAAGUUUUAGGGAUGUUCUGUUUUUAUUUAGUUUUUUGUAUGUUUUUGUAUUUGAUAUUUGACUAUAAUAGUGGGAAAAAGGAUCUCUACAAAUAAAUCUGUAUGUGGGAUUUCCUCAUCCAAACAAUGUCCUUUGGCUUCUGAUUUUUUAAUGUAUUUUUCUUUUUUUACACGCAAUAAAAAAAUAAUAAAAAUA